UGGUGAGGGUUUAUAUAAUUAUUAAGUAAAUUUUGGGAGUGCAAAUGAGCAAGGUUGUGCCAAAGGAAGGUCAAGAUGAUGACCCAAAUAACCUGACUGGAGAAGUUAUGCUGAACAAGGAAUUACCCAGUGAAAGAGAUUUACUCUGUAACGAUACUCAAUCCCCUGCAGAGGAGAAUAAGGAACAGAGCCCAACACAGAAGAUAAGAAGUGAAGAGUCAAAGGAAGAAGUAGAGUUUGAAUAUGAUGAACAAUAUGAUAAUGAUGAAGAUAGAUUUGAUUCUCCUGAAAAUGAAGAAGCAAAAGAAGAUAUCAAAGAUGAAAACUGGGAGACUACUCAAAAUAAAGAAAUGAGUGCUGAAGAGAGGAAGCUGCUUUUAGAUGAAAACUGGGACAAGAAACAAGAAGGAACUAAAGAAAUGCAAAGAAUCAUGGACCAAGAGAGAGAUCAAGCUCAACAGUUGAGUAUCAGGGUUGGAGAUGUUGUAGUCAUGAAGACUUAUGAUAGAAAUAGCCAGAAGGAUAAAUAUUUGUUUGCCAGAGUGCAUUUUGAUGAGAAGCAGAAUAGAGAAAGAGCAUCGAAUUUUAAUAUUGAGCCAUUGCUGAAUGAAACUUCUCGCUCUAUUUCAUAUCUGUAUGAAACCCAAGGGGAUAGAGUUCCUAAUUAUUUAUGGGAGGAUGAAGAUAUGCAGAAUUGGUAUGAAAUUGAAGUUGAAAAUUCUGAAAAUAAUUUGACUUAUUUGCAAGAAUCACAAAGAUAUCCUCUAAAUCUGAACCAGCCUUUUGCUAUUAAAGGAGGAAGAUAUAACAGGAGAGAAUUUAUGUUUAUGGCUGAGGGGAUAUUAAAUGACGUUACCGUUAAAGAGUGGAUGCUAGUUGCUGUCAAUUCUAAUAGCGAAGAAGUAUCUGCAAAGCCUCAGACUCCUUACUAUCUAUCAACAAUUAUUAAAAAUAAGUUUUACUAUUUAUCAGCUUCGGGGAAUGAUAACUUAACAACUCAGAAAGAAAAAGGGCUUAUACUUGAAUUAGAUAUUGUUGAAAAAGACAACAGAUAUAAUUCGCAUCAAGCUGACAGGAUUAUUUCGAACAAAAAUCUAUAUUGUAUUUUUGAUCAUAAUUCCCAGUGAUUAAACAUUAGUGAGUGCCAUUUUAACCAAGACUUAUUGCACUCAGACAGAGACAAAGGAAUGGUAACCACAGAUUAUGCUGUCUUUACUGAUAUACCUCUUCAAAACUAUUUUGAGGUUGAGUACUUUCCGAGUCAAGGCAAGCUGUGCUUGAAAACAAAGCUAGAAUAUAGGGAUCCACUUUAUUACAGGUUAUUUCCUAAAUAUUUAGCAUAUGAGAAUGAAAAAUUGACUUUGGUGAACUACAUCUAUCUAUUUGAACUAGAAUUAUUGGAGAAAAAUGGCAGCCUCCUCACAAAUGUUCCUUUCUGAUUGAAAGUCUCUGGUACAGAUAAAUACAUUCGGAGUAUCAAAUCCGAUCAGAGAGGUAUGAAUGAGCUAAUAAUCACUCAUUUUGAUCAUAAGAGUUCUGAUGAGUUCUAUUUUCACCUUCAGAGAAUUCAUCCAGAAUUUGGUUUAACUUCUAAUGAUAUCCAAGGAAUUAAUAGUAAUUUUGAUACUGUAAGGAAUGGUUUGGAGGAGAUUGAGAAAGAGGGUAUGGAAGGCAAGGAAACCUAUAGUUUGAGAUAUGCCUAUGAAGAAGCUAAGAAGUAUUUGCAUAACUGUUUCUGGUACUUCAAUGAUAGACAACCUAAUAAAAGCAAAGGAAUUAAUAGUGAAAAAAUGGCACUUAAUGGAUAUUUCAAUAGAAAUUUGGCAACUUACCUAACCAAAACAUUUGACUUUGUGAAGUUUCUGAAAACAUUGAAGGAGUUAAGAAUGGAACUUAUCGAAAGGAAAGAUAAUUUAGCUCAUAUCUGAUUGGGAAGUAGUACUGAGUUUUAUACGGCUAUGUGUGAGUAUAUGGUUGCUAUGGCUCAUUCGAAGGGAGAUUAUGAGGCUUGUGCUUUGAAGUAUGCAAAGAAGAUAGUGGAAGAGCCGGAAGAGGGAGCUGAAUUGCAUAAUGACUCGAGGAGAAUAAUGACCCUCAACAAGCUACUAAACACUGUCUCCAAAAUCCCCACCCACCCAAACACCUCUGAACUAGACUGCCUCCUUCCAUUCCUGAACUACGAGCUCACUAAAGAAGAAGAUGACUACACACACAUAAAUUAUAGUCUUUUGUUAGGGAUGGUAGGGAAUAAGUAUAGAGAUGAGAACUGAUUUUGGACCUUUGGAGAGGUGAAUGUUGAAGUUGUUAGAUUUGUUUGUGGGCAAAUGAAGAGCGAGGAUUUUGUGGAUUUUGAUUUUGAAGCAGUGGUUAAGGAAUGAAGAGAAUAUAAGAAGAGGAAGAUAGAGGAUUUUGCAUUUGGAGUCAGGAUGUUGUAUGAUGGAAGGAAGCAAGCGAGGAUUAUGUGGAAGACUCAGAAUAAGUAUCUAAAGGAGCUGGUUAAAGUGCUGAUGUAUAGCUAUGGUGUGAAAUUUGGGAUUUGAGGUUCUGAGGAGUUUAAAAAGAAAUGGAAUUCAUUUGUACUUCAGAAUUGGUCUCUCACAGAUGAUUCUCCUCAUCUUAGAGGGCUUCUUUUGAGAUUAUUUUGAAAUUUAAAUAUUCUGAAUCAGAUUUCUGAGAUUCCCUCUCAUAAUGACAAUCAAAGCAUAGAGAAAAUUCUUGAACCAAGUUUCAAGAUAUUAAAUUCAUUCUCUGAAUAUACUUCUACAGAAAACUUAUUCUUAAUAUGAGAAAUACUAGCACUUGUAACUUGAGCUCUUCAAAGCCCAGAUCAUCGAGAUUUCAUCCUCUGUCAACUCGAAAGGCAUGUUAGUCUUAAAACUCUGAUUAACUUAUUGAGUAAUUGAUCAGAAAUGUUCAUAUUGGCGAAGCCUCAUGCUUUUGAUCCAACUGAGGACACUAAAAUCUAUAACGAAGAUUUAAUCAGGACAAAUCAAGCAGCUGUUGAUAAUAUAUUACAUGACGCUGAUGCUAUUAUGGAAUCAUACCAAAGAGAAGCUAUCACUCAAGUGUUUAAGAUAUUCAAUCUAGUCUGGGAGAUCAAAGCAGCUGAGAAUAAAAAAGAGCAGUCGUUAACACACUUACCUUAUACUCAAGAAAUUAUGAGACAGCUUGGAUCAGAAGAUAACUGAGAUCUUGUAAAUGCUCUUCAGAAGGUGGUAAUAAAAUGGGUGAAUUUCCCUGACGAAAAUACCACCUCUUGCGAAAUCUUCACUUUCCUUCUCAACCUCUCAUCCCCCCUCACCCCCCUCAAAACCCCAUCCUCCUUAUACCCAAACUCCCUCCCAUUCUUCACCCACCUCAAGCCUAAAUUCCACUCUCUCCUAACCCCUCUCCAUCUACACCUCCAAAAACUCCAAUCUUUCUUUGCUAAUGCUGCAGAUGCUAAUAGAGAAGAUCUAGAUGAUAACAAAGUUGAACUUGAUGAAAUUUUUAGUUUGGUUAACUUUUUGGUGAAGAUAAAUGCACUGAUUGAAUUUAACGGGGCAGAUAGGACUUCUGUGCAACUUUGAAAUAAGUUUGUGGUAGAAUGUUAUGAAUGUCUCAUUAAAGCAACUAAUCACCCAAAAGUAGCUGAAGCAAUUUGGAAAUUUAAUGGCCAAUUUUUCAUGAUCUACUGGGAAAAUAAACUAUGUAAUUCAAAACAUGAAGAGACUCCUCUAAUCUGUUACAAAAUAUUGCGUCUAAAAUAG